AUGGUUUAUCUUCACUUGCCCCGCUGGGUUGGUUAUCUUCACUUGCCCGCUGGGUUAUCUUAUGAAGGUUGGUUAUCCUUGCCCCGCUGGGUUGGUUAUCUUCACUUGCCCCGCUGGGUUGGUUAUCUUUGGGUUGGUUAUCUUCACUUGCCCGCUGGUUGGCUUGGGUUGGUUUAUCUUCACUUGCCCCGCUGGUUGGUUAUCUUCACUUGCCCCGCUGGGUUGGUUAUCUUCACUUGCCCCUGGGUUGGCUGCUGGUUGGUUAUCUUCACUUGCCCCGCUGGGUUGGUUAUCUUCACUUGCCCCGCUGGGUUGGUUAUCUUCACUUGCCCCGCUGGGUUGGUUAUCUUCACUUGCCCCGCUGGGUUGGUUAUCUUCACUUGCCCCGCUGGGUUGGUUAUCUUCACUUGCCCGCCGCUGGUUGGUUAUCUUCACUUGCCCCGCUGGGUUGGUUAUCUUCACUUGCCCUGGUUAUCUUCUGGGUUGGUUAUCUUCACUUGCCCCGCUGGGUUGGUUAUCUUCACUUGCCCCGCUGGGUUGGUUAUCUUCAGGUUGGUUAUCUUCGCCCCGCUGGUUGGUUAUCUUCACUUGCCCCGCUUUAUCUUCUUGGUUGGUUAUCUUCACUUGCCCUGCUGGUUGGUUAUCUUCACUUGCCCCGCUGGUUGGUUAUCUUCACUUGCCCCGCUGGGUUGGUUAUCUUCACUUGCCCCGCUGGUCUUUUUCGUUUUUGCUUUCUUUUUUCAACUUUUGGUAGAGUUGCUUUUUUGGAGUUUGCUUGUCUUUUUUUUUUUUUUGCUUUUUUCUCUUUUUUUCUUUUUCUCUACUUUUUUUUUUACUUUUGUCUCUACUUUACUUUUUUUCUCUACUUUUUCUCUACUUUUUUUUCUCUUCUUUCCUUGUUUCGUUAUUUUUAGUCGAGGUAAUGCACUGGGCAACGUGUCUUCUGCUCAAUCUAUUUCCAACGUGAAAACCUUGCUAGUUUGA